AGGUGGGACUACACAGGCACACACCACCACGCCCAGGGCAGAACCCAUGAUUUGCUUUCUAACCAGUCAUAUGGCAAAGGUGAUUGACUGUCAUUCCCAUGAUGACAUUAUGUUAUAUGGCAAAAGUAUGGCUCAUGUGGCUCACACUUUCCUGCUGGCCUUGAAGAAAUAGCUGCCAUGUUGUGAACUUCCUAUGAAGACAGCCAUAUGACAGGGAGCUGUGGAUAGCCUCCAGGAGCGGAGGCUGGCCUCUGGCUGAUGGACAGCAAAAAAAAAAAAAAAAAAAAAUUAAAGCUCAUGGUCCCACAGCCACGAAAAAAAUGAAUUCUGCCUUCAACCUGAGUAAGCGUGGAAGUGAGUUCUUGUCUCUUCAAGCCUACAGAUGAAAAUGAAGCCCAGCUGACACCUUGAUUGAAGCCAGAUGAGAUCCUGAAACAGAAAACCGAAGUAGGCUGGGUUCUUGGAAGGUAAUCCUCAAGGAAAAGGGAAGAAGAUGGAGAAAACAAACCAGAUGCAAGAGAUUUGUUCUUCAAAUUCUAUUCUUUAAAGAUGCUUGUUUGCUACUGAUGGGUGUGAGCAAGUUAGAUAUUCUAUACCGGAGGCUUCUCCUAACAAAACUUUUUAUCAGAGGAUGGGGAAGGCCAGAAGAUCUCAAAAGACUCUUUGAAUUCAGAAAGAUGAUUGGAAAUCGAGAGAGAUGCCAGAAUCUGGUUUCAAGCGAUUAUCCAGUACACAUUGAUAAGAUUGAAGAGCAAUCAGAUUGUAAGAUCUUAGAUGGACACUUUGUUUCCCCUAUGGCUCACUAUGUGCCUGAUAUCAUGCCAAUUGAAUCUGUUAUUGCAAGGUUCCAAUUCAUUGUGCCUAAAGAAUGGAACAGCAAAUAUAGGCCUGUAUGCAUUCAUCUUGCUGGAACAGGAGAUCAUCAUUACUGGAGGCGACGAACACUAAUGGCCCGUCCUAUGAUUAAAGAAGCCCGAAUGGCUUCUUUAUUGUUAGAAAACCCUUAUUAUGGCUGCAGGAAACCCAAGGACCAAAUAAGGUCCAGCUUAAAAAAUGUGUCUGACCUUUUUGUGAUGGGAGGAGCUCUUGUUUUAGAAUCUGCAGCUCUCUUGCACUGGCUAGAGAGGGAAGGUUACGGCCCUUUAGGAAUGACUGGAAUAUCCAUGGGAGGACACAUGGCUUCCUUAGCGGUAUCCAACUGGCCUAAGCCCAUGCCAUUGAUUCCAUGCCUGUCUUGGUCCACAGCAUCUGGGGUCUUCACUACGGGUGUGUUGAGUAAAUCAAUUAAUUGGCGGGAGCUGGAAAAGCAAUAUUAUACCCAGACAGUUUAUGAAGAAGAAAUUAUUCACAUGCUUGAAUACUGUGGAACAGAUUCUUUCAAAAUGGGACAAGAGUUUGUGAAAUGCUUCACUAGCAGUACAGACAAGCUACAUAACCUUAAUCUGGUUUCCAGAACUUUAAAUUUAGAUUUAACAAACCAAGUUGUAUCCCAAAAACCUGCUGACUGCCAUAAUUCUAGUAAAACAUCUGUCAGUGCAACAUCAGAAGGACUCUUGUUGCAAGAUACCUCUAAGAUGAAGUGCUUCAAUCAAACACUUUCAACCAACAAAAGUAGUUACACAAGUUGUAACCCUCAGUCAUACCACCUACUUAGUAAACAACAAAGAAGAAACAAUCUUCGGAAAGAAUCUUUAAUAUUUAUGAAAGGUGUCAUGGAUGAAUGUACUCAUGUAGCAAAUUUCUCAGUACCAGUUGAUCCAAGCCUCAUUAUAGUGGUUCAAGCCAAAGAAGAUGCCUAUAUUCCACGAACAGGAGUUCGAAGUUUACAAGAAAUUUGGCCUGGUUGUGAGAUCCGAUACUUAGAAGGGGGUCAUAUUAGUGCUUAUCUUUUUAAACAAGGACUCUUCAGACAAGCCAUCUAUGAUGCAUUUGAACGCUUCCUCCAAAAAUACGCUAACUAAUUGGAUUAUUAUAUGUAACCAGUGUGGCCAAGAUGUUUCUUACAAAAGGAAGCUUCAUCCUAUGAUCAUGUGAAGGACAAGCAGACAGCACUAAUAUAUCUAAUCGCUAUCAAUGUAGUCUGGAAUUCAUUGUUACAGAUCCGUUAACUAUAAACUUCGAAUACCUUUGAAUAAUUUCAAGAUAAUAUUUGAAGUAAAUGUUAAAGUAUUUUUAUUAUUGUUCAUUGGAAUCCUAUAUACUCAAUGUUUAGUUUGUUGUUACUAUCUAUGAAAACUAAAUUUUUAAUCAUGAAUAAUUUAUUAAAUUAACUAAAUUUAUUCAUAGAAACUCUUCUGGGUUUUAGUAAAAUUGCUAAAUCAAACCAAGAUUUUAAUAUAUCAGCAUUUACUUUGUACCCUUAUAACAUUUCACUAUUGACUUUAUUUGAAAAACAUGUUUAUUUUUUGAAUGUAUGGUGAAUUCAUAAUCUUGUGUUCAACUAAUUUUCUGCUGUGGAAAUAAAUACUUAUGAUGUAUAAAA